ACAAAAUCUCAAACGAUGCUAGAAAGAUUUGUUAGAUACAGUUUUAAAAUUAUCUAAAUAAUGGGGUACAAACGGUGCUGCAUUCCUACUUGUACAAAUAGUACACAUUUGAAGGAUAAAUCCUUUUUGAAUUUAUCGACAAAGAACAGAACUAUCUGGAGGACCAUAAUUGAAGCCACUUGUGGUAUCGAUCUUCCAGAGAAUUCCUACAUUUGCGAAGACCACUUCGAAGAUACAGAUUUUCUCAACGUCGAUAACAAAAGUCAAGGCGUUUACAACUAUGCUGUACCCAAGAUCGACCCGGAAAGUGAUACGUUUUGUUCCGUUGUUGAAGAGCACUGCCCGAUGGAUUUUGACUUUGGAACCGGGGCGUGUGAGAACGAAUACGUCUGUGCUAUUGCCGGUCAUUCGCAGGAUGAUCAAUCAGAAGUCGAAGAAGGUUCAGUUUUGGAUUCGGACACAGUCGAUGUCAAUGUUACGAAUGCACCAGUCAUGAAGAGAGUAACUCCCGCAAUUGAACAUGAUCACGACUAUCUGAACGACCCAUUCCGAAGCAUAAUGAUCGCAGAGAAAAUGGUCGAAAUGGAAGCGCGCGAAGAGAGGCUUAAGCGCGAAUUACGGAAGAAAACCAAGAAGAUGCAUAAAAAAGAUGUCCGUAUUAAAAAGCUACGAACCGAACUAGCUCGCUUGAAGCAGCAGGUCAAAAAGCAGGAUGAAGAUCAACUAGUAGAUCCGAUCCUCUUAGAGCUGCAAGCAAAUAAGCUUCGGAAGUCUGGUGGGGCAAGGUAUUCCGAUUCCAUGAAACACCUUGCCUUAAUCCUCCACUACUGCUCCGUUAAGGCAUAUAAGCAAAUGAGACAAAUUUUUGCUUUUCCAUCUGUUAGCACUCUACGGAAGUGGCUUGCACAAAUAGACGUGGGCGAAGGAUUUUCAGCAAACAUUUUCAAUUUGUUGAAAAUCAAGGCAAGUUUUCAAUCAAAGAUCAAACAUACUAUUUCCCUUUCGAAAGUUGACCCAAUUUCGGAAGAUGCAGAUGCCAAAAAUGGGAUACUGGAGAAACAGCCGAUUAUUUACCGGAUACCAUGAAGUAGCAGGAAUUUGAGAUCAGCAAAGGAACUUGAAUUGAAUGUAAUGUCUUGAUUUGUGUUAGGUUUCACGUAGUAGUGAAUUUAUUUCAUUUAGUUUCAAACAUACCCUGGAACAUACUGACAUUUGCUCAAGGAUGUUGAAUUGAAACCAAAAUUGAAACAUAAAAGAGCCUAUAGUGCAUUUAAUAUUUUUUUGAUCAAAUUAUGGACACAUUAUAGCUAACUUGUAGCGUUGAAGAAUUUCAUUGAUUGCUGCUGGUUCGCAGCCAUGGUCAUAGAUCCGGGCUUCCAGUUUGGCGGGUUGAUCCCCCCAUGUUCGUCAGAAACGGAAUGCUUGCACUAGGAGGCUUGUUCCGUAUUUCAGCACUCCGCAGGAAGGGGGAGUCUUAAUCGCCUUGUCAACCAACCGAGCGCUUAUUUCCAGCUGGUCAAGUCCUGCAUGCUUGCACGGUAGAUUGACUCAUACCCCUGCUCAUAUCCGAUGAUCGAAAUGGCAUGGUCACUUCGUCGAUUCUUCUUAAACUCCUUUGCACAGUCCAAUCCAAACUGGAAAUGAUUUCGGUCGGAUAGACAAAAAAGUAUUCAAUCUUUUCGAUUCCUUGACAAAUUCCUCCACAAAUUUUGAGGCAGGCUUCUGGAUCUGGAGCUCCGAGCGGCGAUGGUAGAUGGGGAUGGGAAUUCUAGAGCGAAGAUUUGCUGAGCUCUUUUUUGCAAGAACUUUCUCGGUCAGAGAAGGAUUUUUGUGAGAUUUAUAAUGCUGGAUUCAGUCUCACACAGAUUACCAAUAAUAUUGUUAAUAAUCUCUACAGACAGGCUACAAAAAGAGAAACAUCAAACGAAAAUGUUUGUGUGAGUAUUGUGGGGGAUUUUUUUUCUUGUUUACAAGCAAUGAACCACAACAAAACAUGUGGAAUUGGAAAAAUAUGAAAAAAUGCGUUUAUUCGAAAUAGUUAUUUAUGCAACAAGUUGCAAAAUGAUGAUUUUUUCAGCACGAGUCGUACAUUUAUCCAACGAGGCUUGCCGAGUUGGAUAAAUACGACAAGUGCUGAAAAAAUCGAGUUUUGCAACGCGUUGCAUACAUCAUUUUUUGCAAUUAUGAAAAAUACUCUUAGUACGAUCAUUUCUAACUGCUCAAGUGCUCAGACAGGUCUCAGCUAAAACCACGUGCGAGCAUCCAUGCGCGCAAGUCCAUUUUUCUCAAUCAGGUAGGCUAUGUCAAUAAGUGUCACAUCUACUCGGAGUCGCGUCGUCAACGAGCGUUUUUUGUGCUGCUGCUUCCAGGGGGAUGACGAAGGGCCAGAAUCAUCUACCCAGCAUUCGAUUAAACAUGGCGUCCAAUGUUUUUGUUUUGAUUGCUUAAUUCAUUGAAAAAAUGCGCUGGAAACAUCGACACUGCUUCGCUGCUACAUAUAAUAUCGUGCAAAGUGAUAAAGAAAGAGAAACAAUCAUCAAAAACAAUGAUUUCGUUCGAAAUGUGUAAUUUCCGAAAUAAGCACUUGCAACACACGAGCCACACACCCGAAAAUCAGGAACAAAUUAGGGUAAACCGACCAGAAAGUGGGUACCAAAACGCGCCGUACCAAAAACGAUGAUGGGUGAAGCGGCGAUGUACCGAAUUUGACAGCUGUGUCACCCCACUGGCUGCUUCUAACUCUACGUCUGUUUGGCUGAUCAAAUCAGAAUUAGAAUCGCUUCUAUUCAGGUUCGAUCUGCCGAACAGACAUAGGAGCAGCCAUUGAAUAGACAAAUAGGCUCCUAAAGUCCUAUCGGGAUUCUUGUUUUAAACCACAAUAUAUGGUUCAAGAGUACAUAUUUACUCAUUUUUUGACGUUUUUAUUAGCCGUAGUUGAAAAUAUAUAAUUUUUAUUUUUUUAGCAUUUUGUCUCGUCCCUAGCUUAUAACACAUACUUUGAGUGAUUUUUUUUCACCGUGUAUGUCAGAUAGAAACA